ACUUCGUUCGAAUCGAUUUUCAAUAUGGCUUCCUGCUUUGCUCUAUUGUCGCUGUUUUUGGUCUGUGAUGUUGUCAAUGUCGUUGUCACGGCCGACGAUUUUGAUUUUCAAUGGGAGCAGUGUGGAGGGAAUUCUAUCGAAUUUAUAGAGCUGUCCAUUACACCCAUGCCAAUCAGGUCAAUUCAGGAUAUUAACAUCGCAUUUGAUGUGGAAGUUGGCCAGUUAGGUCCUGAUCUGGAACUGGAUAUCAGUAUAAAAAAAGUGGUUGACCUCGGGUGGUUCGGAAAUGCUCGGGUUUCCGUGCCGUGUGUGUUCGAUGUCGGAUCAUGGGCAACUACGAGGCCAAGUUCACGUUGACACAGGGAAACGGGGCUGUCGAAGCAUGUGUGAAGACAAAGUUUAGCCUCGAUUUAUAGCUUACCUACUAUAUCUAAUACAGUGUGUACUGCGUAACUACACCAAAUAAAAGAGUUUAGAAAAACAA